AUGGAUACAUCCGGGUUCAGGCUCGUGGCUUUCGUGCCGAUCACGGUGCGUGGCGCAGGGACGCUUACGAGGCGGUGCUUUCGCGUCCAGGGUCAGUCACCUGUCUCUUUCGAUCGUUCUAGAACGUACGGUAAGUGCACGAGGUUGGCGUUCGCGAGAGCACGCUCGAACAACGGGUACGUCAUGGCUUUAGGCGGCGAUGCUGGCCCAAAGAAACGUGAGCAACAACCAGCGAGUGAAGCGCAACCUUCGGAGCCUCCGAGCAACCACGAUGGUGCGAAAGGUGCGGACGCAGCCGCCAGCAGCCAAGCCGAGAACGAGACGCACCUUACUCAUGAAGAGACAACUGGAGAACAAGAAGGAGAAGAAGAAGCAAUGGAAGGUGAGGAUUUGCUGAACUCGCCGCCUUUUCUGAAACGAAAAAUUGAAAUUUUGGAGAAAGAGUUGCAGUCGCUGCGAGAAGAGCUUGAGGCCGCGCGGAAAGCUGCCGACUCGGAACGUGAUUCGGUGCUGCGUCUCUCUGCAGACUUUGAUAACUUUCGGCGCCGUGUUGCACGUGAGAAACAGCAGGAAGAACUGCGCGGUCGAAUGCGCGCUGUGCAACAGUUGCUACCGGCGAUCGACAACUUCGACAGAGCGGCGCAGACGUUGAAACCUCAGAGUGAGGAGGCACAGAAGGUCCAUCAAAAUUAUCAGGUGCUCUGCAAGCAAGUGCUCGACGCAUUCGCAAAGAUUGGUGUGGAGACCCUGGAUCCAGUUGGGAUGCAGUUUGAUCCCAAAAUCCAUGAAGCGAUCCAGAGGGUGGAGUCAACAGAGCACCCCGAGGGUUAUAUCACCCAUGUAUUCCAGAAAGGUUACAUCAUGCGGGACGUGCACGCGGGUCAAGCCACGCAAGAAGGAGCAGUGGAGAGCACCCUCAUUCGUGCUGCCGUAUGUGCUGUAUCGAUGGGUCCAGGUCCAGGUCCGGCAGCGCCAGCAUCGUCUGAAGGUGCGUCCGCUGCGGAAACAGACCUCAAUGCUACCGAGACGCCGGACGACGACACGCCAACUGGCCAGAACGGAGAUGAGGCUUCAAAGUAA